AUGGAUCCUGCGCUAUACAAGGAAGUGGCUGUCCAACGAGGUUUCACAUACCGGUAUUACCACUCUCCUCCUGCCCAGGGCAAGCCCACCCUGCUCUUCGUGCACGGCUUUCCGUCCACUGCGUACGACUGGCACAAACAGGUCGCCUACUUCCAGCCACUGGGGUAUGGUAUCCUGGCGCCUGACCUGUUGGGGGCCGGAGGUACUGCAAAGCCGCUCGAUUUCAACGCCUUCCGGAUGAACGCCAUGGCGCGCGACGUAAUGGACAUCCUCGCCGCCGAAGGCGUGCAAAAAGUGGUUGGCAUCUCGCACGAUUGGGGAUCCCCGCUGUUGUCGCGCCUGGCCGUAAUGUACCCAGAGUCGUUCCUGGGGUAUACAUGGAUCGCCGUUCCGUUCAGCGAGCCCGUGACGUUCCAUUUCGAACUCGAGGCGCUCAUGGCGUACUCGAAGGCGAAGCUCGGAUACGAAUCUUACUCGUACUGGGAGUUCUUCUUGAAAGAAGAUGCGCACAGCGUCAUCCAGCGGAACGUCGACAGCUUCCUCCAGCUCAUGUAUCCGGAAAGGCCAGAAGAUUGGAUGGAGCACAUAGCGGUCCGGGGGAAGACAGCGGAAUGCGUUGAGGGAGGACCCGGGCAACUCCUGCGAGGGUUUGAGUAUACUGCGCUGCGCGAUAAUCUCCUGGAGAACGGGAUCCAGUCUGCCCUGAACUGGUACAGAGUGAACGUGGAAAACGUCAAUUUGGACGACAGCCUCAAGAUCCCAAAGGAGUCGUGGAAGUUACAGUCGCCCUCCCUCGUCUUCCUCGCACUGAAAGACAUUGUAUGUACUCCUGGGGCCGCGAGGGACAGCAUGGGAAAGUACGGCGGAUCGGACGUCGAGUACUGCGAAGUGGAGAGCGGACAUUGGGUUCAACUCGAGUGCGCGGAGGAGAUGAACUCUGCACUUCGUCGGUGGCUAGAGACCCGAGGAUGGUGA